GAGCGAGAGGAGCACUGAUGGAGUGAGGACGAAGAGAAGGAAAAAAGGGAUAAAAUCAGAAGAAUUAUUGGGACUUUCAGAGAAAAUCCGCCAUGUUUGUCUUUAUUCUCUGCCUGCUGGCCUUCGCCUUCCUCCAGAGCUCCGUGUCAGCCGAACAGCGGAAGCUCUCUCCAGAUAAUCUGCUGGUUAUCACCGCGGCCACUGAGGAGACGGACGGCUUCAACCGUUUCAUGAGGACGGCCCGAGAGUUCAACUACACCGUGAAGGUCCUGGGUCUAGGCGAGGAGUGGAAGGGAGGCGACGUGGCUCGGACGGUGGGUGGAGGUCAGAAGGUGAGAUGGUUGAAGAAGGAGCUGCUCAAACACUCUGAGAGGAAGGACCUGGUCAUCAUGUUUGUGGACAGCUAUGACGUGAUCUUUGCAUCAGGUCCUCAGGAGUUGCUGUCCAAGUUUUCUCGUAUUGGUCACAGAGUAAUUUUCUCUGCUGAGGGAUUCUGCUGGCCCGACCAGAGACUGGCAUCAAAAUACCCAGAGGUGCAUUCUGGGAAACGCUACCUAAACUCAGGAGGGUUUAUCGGCUUUGCGUCAGAUCUCAGCUCGAUGGUCCAGCAGUGGAAGUACAAAGACAAUGAUGACGACCAGCUCUUCUACACAAAGAUCUACCUGGACAAGACCCAGAGGAAAAAGUUCAACAUGACUCUGGACCAUCGCUCCAGAAUCUUCCAGAACCUGAACGGAGCCAUAGAUGAAGUCGUCCUGAAGUUUGAGAGGGCGAAGGUCAGAGCCAGGAACGUCGCCUAUGACACGCUCCCUGUCAUCAUCCAUGGAAAUGGACCCACCAAGCUGCAGUUAAACUACCUGGGUAAUUACGUUCCGACGGCGUGGACCUACGAGAACGGCUGUGGGAUCUGCGACGACGACCUGCUGUUCUUCAACGACGUACCUGACGAAGAGAUGCCGCUGGUGUACGUCGCUGUGUUCAUCGAACACGCCACCCCCUUCAUGGAGGAGUUCCUGGACCGCCUGGCGACGCUCAACUACCCAAUGACGAGGAUCCACCUCUUCAUCCACAAUAACGUCGUCUACCACGAGCGCCACAUCCACCGGUUCUGGCAACGUCACAAGGCGCUAUUUCCCGACGCCACGCUGGUGGGACCAGAGGAGAACCUGCAGGACAGCAAGGCCAGAACCAUGGCUGUGGAGGCGUGUAAGAAGGAUCCGCAGUGUGAUUACUACUUCAGCAUCGACUCUGACGUGGCCAUGACCAACCCCGACACCCUGAGGAUACUGAUCGAGGAGAACAAGUCAGUCAUUGCUCCGAUGCUGUCCAAACACGGGAAGCUGUGGUGUAACUUCUGGGGCGCUCUGAGUCCUGAAGGGUACUACUCCAGGUCUGAGGACUACAUCGAGAUCGUCCAGGGCAAACGGAUUGGUUUGUGGAACGUGCCGUACAUCACUCAGGCGUACCUAAUCAAAGGCAGCGUGCUGCGCUCCAAACUGUCCCAGGUGAACCUGUUUGAGGCCGAGGGGAUGGACGCCGACAUGGUGUUCUGCAGGAGCAUCAGAGACCAGGGAGUCUUCAUGUUCGUGUCGAACCGUGACGAGUUUGGUCAUCUUGUGACGUCGACCAACUUCAACACAUCCAGACUUCACCCGGACAUGUGGCAGAUAUUCGACAACCCUAUGGACUGGAAAGAGAAGUACAUCCAUGAAAACUACUCAAGGAUCUUUGAGGAUGAGAAAGCCUUUGUGGAGCAGCCGUGUCCAGAUGUCUACUGGUUUCCCGCCUUCUCUGAGAAGAUGUGCGAUCAUCUGGUGGAGACCAUGGAGGACUUUGGAGAGUGGUCAGGAGGAACAAACAAGGACGAGCGUCUGGCUGGUGGUUAUGAAAACGUCCCGACUGUGGAUAUCCACAUGAACCAGAUCGGCUUUGAGAAGGAAUGGCUCAAAUUCUUAAAAGAGUACAUCGUCCCUGUGACAGAAAAGCUCUAUCCUGGAUAUUACCCCAAGGCCCAGGCCAUCAUGAACUUCGUUGUUCGUUACCGUCCUGAUGAGCAGCCGUCUCUGAGACCUCAUCACGACUCGUCUACCUUCACCAUCAACAUCGCCCUGAACAACAAAGGCAUCGACUACGAGGGUGGAGGCUGCAGGUUCCUGCGGUACGACUGUAAGGUGGAGUCUCCCAGGAAAGGCUGGUCCUUCAUGCACCCAGGACGCCUGACGCACUACCACGAGGGUCUGCCCACCACUAAGGGGACCCGCUACAUCAUGGUGUCCUUCGUAGACCCCUAGUUCUCUGUGUUAGUGUGUGUGGCUGUGUUUGAGAGAAUGGGAGAGCCUGGUUUAUACUUCUGUGGUGUUAGAGGUGGUUUCAGGGCGUCUAGAGGGGGACUAGAAUCCUUUUCUUUGUCCGGGUAAAUCUUAAAGUAGCUCUUUUUGAAGUUAAUGGUCUAUUUUCUCUGCAGGAAGCAAAACACUUAGAAUAUUUAGUUGCAUUUUAAAGGAGAUGCACAUCGCUCUCAUGCAUCAGCCUCUACAUGCUGAAAUAUUAAGCAGAAGUAUAAAUCAGGCUCAAGCGUGCGUGCUUUAAAGAGCCUACCUGUUCAUGAACCAAUCAGACGCCAGGACCACUCCAGCGGAGCCGUGUUUGACCAUCUUUAACCUCAGAGGUGGAGACAAACAGAACAGAGGAGACUAACCUCGAAUGCUUCGUCUCAGAAACUUCUACGCUUUGAUUUCCCCCUCUCUCUGAUUGGACGACCCAGCUCACCUGCUGUCACAGCUGACUCACCUUCACCUCGGGGUCGGUCAGGAAGAGGAGUCGUUGAUGCAUCCUGUUUGAACAUUUCAGAAUAAGAGUAUCUUUGUCCUUUCUCUGUGCAGCAGCUAAAGACUGAGUCUAAAGAAGUGGUUCAGGGCUGGUGUUCCAUCGACGGCGUUUUUGUGCUGGCAGACUCACUUUUCACAGGUCUUCACUGGUGCUACAGAUGAUCUCUGCAUCCCAUUUUAAACUUUUCCUUGUCAAACAAAUAUCUCCAAAAAUACAUGAGAAGAACAGAUGUGAAGUUCUUUCCUGGAAAAGAGCAUCCAGUUGGUUUCUUCACUGCCGUUGCUGACAGAGCUGGUAUCAGGACGUGUUAUUGGUCUGUCCUGUUCAGUUUAAGCCUGUACUGACUGAUAAUAAUAACAACAUUGAUAACUAGUUAGAUCAAGUAUGAGCCCUAGAACUGUAAAGGAGCGCUGCCUGCACAGAAACGGCGUCUAUGAACAGAAGGCCUACAUCAUCUUUUACCGAGCUGCCUUAUGGAAAAACCCAAAUCUAUGCAAGCAGAGCAGACUGCCCCUUUGUGUCUUUAUCUGUGCGUAUUUUCUAAAACACUCCAUCAGACUUUAAAAAACAAUGUUAAAGUUCAUGAAUGUUAUCCUAAAAACAUCAAAACACAAACUAAAAGCCACCCUGCUCUCCAGAGGGGUUACCAUGAAGUGGUGGUGGAUGGUAAACCAGCAUCGAAACCGUCACUGGUAGAGUUUCUACCAGCAGCACCGUCAUCACCAAACAGCACAGAAAUACAGACUUCACAGGAGUGUUGGUUAUCAAAGUCAAGGAUGGAAUGUUUUAUAAGCUUAUGACAUGUUUCUAAAGCCUAAUAAAGGCUUGAAAGAUGACAUCAAAGUCAAGGAUGGAAUGUUUUAUAAGCUUAUGACAUGUUUCUAAAGCCUAAUAAAGGCUUGAAAGAUGACAUUAUCAAAGUCAAGGAUGGAAUGUUUUAUAAGCUUAUGACAUGUUUCUAAAGCCUUUGAAGGCUUCAAAGAUGACAUUAUCAAAGUCAAGGAUGGAAUGUCUUAUAAGCUUAUGACAUGUUUCUAAAGCCUAAUAAAGGCUUGAAAGAUGACAUCAAAGUCAAGGAUGGAAUGUUUUUAUAAGCUUAUGACAUGUUUCAAAAGCCUUUGAAAGGCUUCAAAGAUGACAUUAUCAAAGUCAAGCAUGGAAUGUUUUAUAAGCUUAUGACAUGUUUCUAAAGCCUAAUAAAGGCUUGAAAGAUGACAUCAAAGUCAAGGAUGGAAUGUUUUAUAAGCUUAUGACAUGUUUCUGAAGCCGAAUAAAGGCUUUAAAGAUGACAUCAAAGUCAAGGAUGGAAUGUUUUAUAAGCUUAUGACAUGUUUCUAAAGCCUAAUAAAGGCUUGAAAGAUGACAUCAAAGUCAAGGAUGGAAUGUUUUAAAGCUUUUGUGACAUCUUUCUAGAGCCUUUGAAAGGCUUUGAAAGGAUAUUGGUAAUCAAAGGCAAGGAUGUAAGGAUUUAUAAGCUUUGAUGACAUCCUCUUAAGCCUUUUAUUGGCUUUGAUGAAUAUAUGUAAGCAGUGGCAAGGAUGGAGUAUUUCAGAAGCUUUGAUGACAUCCUCUAAUGCCCUUUAAAGCUUUUCAAGUAUAGUGUUACUAACAGCAAGGAUUGAAUGUUUUAUAAGCUUUGAUGACAUCCUCUAAAGCCUUUGAAAGACUUCAAAGGGAUGUUGGUAAUCAAAGGCAAGGAUGGAAUGUUUCAGAAGCCUUGAUGACAUCCUCUAACGCCCUUUGAAGCCUUUCAAGUAUAGUGUUACUAACAGCAAGGAUGGAAUGUUUCAGAAGCUUUGAUGACAUCUUCUAACACCCUUUGAAGCCUUUCAAGUAAAGUGUUAUUUAAGGCAAGGAUGGAAUGUUUCAAAAGCUUUGAUGACAUCCUCUAACGCCCGUUAAAGCCUUUCAAGUAUAGUGUUAUUAAAGGCAAGGAUGGAAUGUUUCAGAAGCUUUGAUAACAUCCUCUAAUGCCUUUUAAAGCCCGUCAAGUAUACUGUUAUUAAAGGCAAGGAUGGAAUGUUUCAGAAGCUUUGACAUCCUCUAAUGCCCUUUAAAGCCUGUCAAGUAUAGUGUUAUUAAAGGCAAGGAUGGAAUGUUUCAGAAGCUUUGACAUCCUCUAAUGCCCUUUAAAGCCUGUCAAGUAUAGUGUUAUUAAAGGCAAGGAUGGAAUGUUUCAGAAGCUUUGAUGACAUCCUCUAAUGCCCUUUAAAGCCUGUCAAGUAUAGUGUUAUUAAAGGCAAGGAUGGAAUGUUUCAGAAGCUUUGAUGACAUCCUCUAAUGCCCUUUAAAGCCUGUCAAGUAUAGUGUUAUUAAAGGCAAGGAUGGAAUGUUUCAGAAGCUUUGCUGGCAUCCUCUAAAGCCUUUUAUUGGUUUUCAGGUAUAAUGUUAUCAAAGGCAAGGAUGGAAUGUUGGUGUAGCUGGUAUGUCAGGGCAUUUUUCCCUCCAUUUUGGACCAAUGAUAGUCGACUAUAGUUGGCAGCUUUAGGAAAACCCGGUCAGCCACCAUCAGGGAAAGAUUGUAGCUUCCUGUCCCACCCCUCUGGAGACGCUGUGGCUUUUAUGGUGACUACACAUGUAGCUGUGCAUGAUGGGAAUCUAACGCUGUCUUUGUUACAGCCAAUCAAAUCAUUCGUUGAUGUCAGAGGAAGAUUUGAUUUGUUUGGAUCAUUGAUUAUUAAAUCAGCAGAAAAGAAGAUGAACAACAAACAAAGAAAAGCCAAAAAUCUGUGUAGAAUAAUUUGAUUUAAAUGUGUAUUUUUUCUAUUCUAAGAUGUUUUUAUAGUAAAGAGUGUAAACGGGGCGUUUCAGAGACGUUUUAGCGGGUAAACACUAAAGGCCUUUUUGUAUUUUCAUGUUUGGUGUUUGUUCAUGUGUUUUAUUUUUUUCUGUCAUGUAGUUGUGUAUAUUCUGGUGAAGCCGUCGUCUCUGCGCUCAGUUUUUAUCUCCUUAUUUAAUAAAAAUGUGAAACUGUGACGAUACGAGGUUUCCACCAGACGAUGCCUGUAGUUUCUCUCCAUGCGUGCCUGUCGAUACGAGGUUUUGGACCGUCUCUGGCUUUGUACAAACUGCAUUAAAUUAUUUGUUAAAGAUUUUAAUAAAGAAGACUUUAAUACUG